GGAACUUGCACCUUCUAGAAUUAUAAGAGGACCGUAAUUUUACACUUUCUUUUUGAAUUCAGAACAGUCAUUUCUCAUUGACAACUUCUUUGUUGACCCAGGCUUAUUUAAUACAAGACUUAGCAAUGGUGGCCUGUGUUUUUUUGUAAUAAAAUCAGUUGAACAGUGAUAAAUAUCAAUAUUUUUCCUACUAGACGAGCCAGUGCAGCGCUAAAUUGCUUAAAACGCUUUCACGAGAUGAAGAAACGAGGACCUAAACCUUACAGCCUCCAUUUAGAUCAUAUUGUUCAGAAGGCAAUCUCAACACACCAAAAAAGGGAUCAAUACCGUGUGCAGAAAGAUAUCUUUGUUUUAAAGGAUACAGAGGAAGCACUUGUAAUGAAUCUUAGAGAUAGUCAAGUACUUCAUCAUAAAGAGAACCUUGAGUGGAAUUGGAAUUUGAUAGGGACCAUACUUAAGGUGAGCAAAGAAAAUUCAUGAUCUUUUUCCCACCUGUUUCAUAAAAAAAACUAAUUUGGCUUAUUUCUUAUGUGAGCUUAAAGUUUGUAAUAUUAGAAGGAUGCUAUGAGAAGAUACUUCUGAAGUCAUCUCAUAAAAGUAGGUUCCUGUUUGGUUUUUUUCAUCAGGAGUGUUUGAAUACUCUGGUAUUUCUGCUUUUCAAAAUGUCGUCUAGUUUUUCUAUUCGCUUGUCUUAUUCUGAAUUGAAAAACAAGAAUUGCAUUUAGUAGACCGCUAAGGUUUCUCCUCAUAAAAUUGGAGAAAUUAGAAAAUAAAAAAC